AUGCACCAAAGGGCGCUCGCUGAUUGGACGGCAGCGCAGUCUAAAGUUGGGCUCAGAGGGCGGGAGCGGACAACCAUGGCCCGGGCUGGGGUGGUGCAGGUGCUUUCCUUUCUGUUCGUGAGUGGGGUGGGAGCCGAUGUGGCUGGAGACGAGGCCCAGGAGGUAGCUGCUGUGCGGGGCCUGCUGACGAGGCUACUGGGACCCCGGGCUGCCGUGAGGUUCUCGGUGUCCGUGGAACGCACCCUAGCCCCUACCCCGGACGCCGACACGUACUGCCUGAGCGGCGGCGGCGAGAGCCCGGUGCGGGUGACCGGCUCCAGUGGUGUGGCGGCCGCGGCAGGGCUGCACCGCUACCUGCGCGACUUCUGUGGAUGCCACGUGGCUUGGUCGGGAGCGCAGCUCCACCUGCCUGAACCUCUGCCCGCAGUGCCUGAGAAGCUCAUCGAGACCACACCCAACAGGUACCGCUAUUACUUGAACAUCUGCACGCCCAGCUACUCCUUCGUGUGGUGGGGCUGGGAGCGCUGGGAGCGAGAGAUUGACUGGAUGGCCCUGAAUGGCAUCAACCUGGUGCUGGCCCCCGUGGGGCAGGAGGCUGUCUGGAGGAGGGUGUACUUGACUUUGGGUCUGAACCAGACAGAGAUAGAUGAGUACUUUACUGGUCCAGCCUUCUUGGCAUGGGGGCGAAUGGGCAACCUGCACACCUGGGGUGGUCCUUUGCCCUCCUCCUGGGACCUUAAGCAGUCUUACCUACAGCACCGGAUUCUAGAGAGGAUGAGAUCUUUUGGGAUGAAGCCAGUGCUUCCUGCAUUUGCUGGACAUAUCCCCAAGGCAUUUACUAGGGUGUUCCCUCAAGCCAAUGUCACAAAUCUGGGCAAGUGGAUUGAUUUUAACUGCACUUAUUCCUGCUCCUACCUCUUGGCCCCCGAAGACCCCUUGUUCCCAGUUGUUGGGAGCCUCUUUCUGAGGGAGCUGACCAAGGAGUUUGGCACUGACCACAUCUAUAGUGCUGACAUCUUCAAUGAAAUGGAGCCCCCUUCCUCUAAGCCAGCCUACCUGGCUGCUGCCACAGCUGCAGUCUAUGAAGCCAUGGUUGCAGUGGAUGUUGAUGCUGUGUGGCUUUUCCAGGGCUGGCUUUUUCAGCAUCAGCCAGAUUUCUGGAAACCCCCCCAGGUGAAGGCUGUGAUGGAGGCUGUGCCCCGUGGCCGCUUUCUCAUCUUGGACCUCUUUGCUGAGUCUCAGCCUGUCUACUCCCGCACCAAUUCCUUCUAUGGCCAGCCCUUUAUCUGGUGCAUGCUGCACAAUUUUGGGGGAAACCAUGGGCUUUUUGGGGUGUUAGAUGCUGUAAACAGGGGACCCUCAACUGCACGUCUCUUUCCCAACACUACCAUUGUGGGUACAGGCAUAGUCCCAGAGGGCAUCAAUCAGAACGAAGUGGUCUAUGCCCUAAUGGCUGAGCUGGGCUGGAGGAAGGACCCCUUUCCUGACCUUGGGGCUUGGGUAGCAGGCUUUGCAGCCCAGCGAUAUGGGACUCCCCACCCCCAGACGGAAGCUGCCUGGAGGCUGCUGCUACGAAGUGUCUACAACUGUUCUUGGGAAAACUGCACUGGCCAUAAUCACAGCCCACUGGUGAAGCGACCGUCCCUUCACUUGGACUUCUCUGUCUGGUAUAAUCGGAGUGAUGUAUUUGAGGCCUGGAGGUUGCUGCUGGAAGCAGCCCCACAGCUGGCAACCAGCCCUGCCUUCCGUUAUGACCUUCUGGAUGUCACUCGUCAGGUGGCCCAGGAGUUGGUGAGCCUGUACUAUGGGGAGCUCAGGACAGCCUUUGAGGCAGGAUCAAUGCCAGCCUUGCUCAGUGCUGGUGGCCUGCUGGUCUUUGACCUACUGCCCUCCCUGGAUGAGCUGCUGGGGACUGAUGAGCGGUUCCUGCUAGGUAGCUGGCUGGAGCAGGCUCGGGAGAUGGCAGUCAGUGAAGCUGAGGCCUGGCGUUUUGAGCAGAAUGCCCGCUACCAGCUGACUCUGUGGGGACCCACAGGCAACAUCCUAGACUAUGCCAACAAACAGCUGGCAGGACUUGUGGCUGGCUACUAUGCUCCCCGAUGGAAGCUCUUUGUGGAGAUGCUGGUAAAGAGCCUGGCUGAGGGCACCCCCUUCCACCAGAACCAGUUUGAGAAUGAAGCCUUCCUGUUGGGCCAGGACUUUGUAUUGGGGAGGGAGAAGUUCCCCACCCAGCCUCAGGGGGACACUGUGGACUUAGCCAGGAAAUUCUUCCUCAAGUAUUACCCAAAGUUUCAAGCAGGAGCUUUGUGACCCACCCCUCACUGGCUCCACCUGGGACGCCAACUCAUAACUUACAUUCUUGAGCUUCCUCCUUGGACCUUCAAUCCUAUCAGUGGCCUAACUUGGGACCCUGGGAGGGGAAUCAGUUGUA